AAGCAAAAGGAGUCCAACCGAACGUAUACGGACACAGGCAGCAGCAGACAGGACAGGAUAGACGAGACCGAAGAAGUAAAACCAGCCACUAGCCAGAGCUGACGGUCGCGAUUUUCGUUGCUCCGCCGUGCUGUGAAUUUCAAGUCGGAAAAUCUCGCCCAAAAGUGUCACGUUCGCGUUCAGGUGUACCGAAAAGUGGUUCCGGUGGGUGCAGUGUUGCCCUUGCGCAAGAAAUAACGUUCUUUCGCGUUCGAUAGUGACGAAAAAAUUGACCCGAAAAGUGUGCCCUUUGUUUGGUCGGUCCCAGUCUCCGACGACGACCAUUGAAAACCAUUAUUUCCGAAGUAGUCGUACAGUCGUUGAUGGAAGCAGAAUAAACGGAAUGGAAGGUGGAAAAGGAAGAAGCAGAAAGUCGCUCACCACAUCACCUUAAUUUCUACCGUUCGUUCGUUCGUUGAUCGCUGAUCGUCGUCGUGUGCUAUGCUUAUGCUGCCCGUUGAGGGCACGAAGCAACUAACGAAGAGUUCCCCUCGUGUGUAUUUCGGUGGGCCAACCAAAGAGUGCAAUUGUCGUGAGUACCCGUGCUAGUGUUAAUGUAAUCCUCGUUGGUCAGUCGGCAAAACGGUGAGAAGCGAAAGCAUCAGUCAGCAGCCACCAAAGAAGAGUGUUUAUGCGUUUGUGUACCAUCGUCUCUGCAGUUCGCUUCUUCACAACAUAGUUGUGUAUCUUUGUUGGGAAAGCGCUGGCAAGUGUUGCCAACGAGCACGUCAAUACACAGGGAAUAUUAGCAGUGAUGAUGGUGAUGAUCUAAAUGGUGGCCGUUGUUGAUUCCACGAAUAUCUACACGUACGGUGAACGGUCGCUUUACGGCACAAGGUGCUAGAAGAAGAGAAGAAACCCAGAAAAGAAUUCAGUGUGCAUAGUUCUGCUAGGCGAGUUCAUAUUCGGGAGAUUGAAGCUGUGUUGGAGAAAAAGAUCUGUGCGCUGCUGGACCCCAACGCCGCUGUCGUAGUGUGUAUAGCAUGUAGGAUACUGGGGGAGCACCAACAAAAAAAAAGUGAGUGAGAUUCCCGUUAGGUCGGUCGGUUGGUUGGUGCCAUCGUCGUCGUGUCGGUCCUCGCAGUGCUCAAGCGAGUGUCGGGUUUGCCCUUUGGCUGCCAUUCUUCUGCCGCGCGCGCCGUGAGCCACGAGUGAGUGUGCGGAGUGUGGAGUCUCGACGGAGUAUGGGGAUCUGACGAGAACUGAAACCACUACCACAAUACGGAGCGCGGACAGAAGACCCGUUCCGAUCCGCGCGAGGUCUCGACUUGGUUUAUGUUCCUUCCGAAGACACAGGCAGCCACGAGUGAUUCACUGAGUGAGUGAGUGGUGCGCAGCAUAGAGCAUAGAGAGAGAGAGAGAGAGCAUAAAAGUGAUGGAUUAACACAUAAAAGGUGCUAAAAAAUUCUCGGAAAACUUGGUACAGGUUUUCCUCUCAUGCUUGCACACGACCCGUGGUGAAAGAGAAAACCGUGGUCCCAACCGUUGUUGGCGUGUCAACAUUGUCAAAAACCUCGGAACCGAAGUGAAAUUAGCGUCGUUUAGCGUCGGUGGCGGCGACCGUAAGAAGAAAGGAACACCCCCAAGGCCAAGAAGGUGGGAACAGAAGGAAGGAAGCUAGAAGUAUAAGAGUACACCGCCAAGAAGAGGAUGAUGGAUUGUUGAAGGUGUGAAAGGAUGUUGAAGAUUUCCCCCGCGGCCGCCUUUAGCGGGGAUCCAUCAUAAAGAAAGGAUCACCGGUUCAUUACCUGGGACACCGCUAGGGUUGUCCCUCCUCGGUCGUAUCGUGUCGUGUUUGAAAUGGAUGGCCAGUUUUGUUGGGGCAGUGUUUUGUGAGUGUGUGUGAUUGUGACACUCACGACGACGGCCAAGGAUUGUGAGUGAAAAGUGGCUACCAUAGCAGUAACAGUGAAUGAAACAGCGAAAUAGCGGCGCGAAAGGCAGGAGAAAAUGAUAGUACUCUACUACUCGCCUAGUUGCGCUACCUAUACCAGCAGUGUGUAUAUGCAGAUGUGAAUUAACCCCCCAGAAGAAAGUUGAAUUUUGUUGUUGCCGAUUCCGUUGUUAUUGGUGCUAUAACAGAGAAGAAGCACUGUGCUGAGAUUGGGUGUACAACACACCGUGCCGAGAUUGCUAGCUUGACUAGCUCAUGCCUUUCCCCCCUUUUUGGGCAACCUCGGGAAGGAAAUAUUCGAGUGUUAUAAUACUUUAGGUACCAUAGCCAACAUUGUCGAAGAGAAGGUGGCGACACCCCCUCGUUCUCAAGAACACGUUCGCGCGCGCGUUGGUGAAAUUAUGUAAUCCUUCGGCACGGAUUCUGAUUCCGUGAUUGAUGAGCUGCCCGCUCCUGGUCUAAUGUUCCUUCGUCGUCAGCAACGGCACCAGUAAAAGUAGUAGCUGAGAGUAGCAGCACUAGGAGGUUCCCAGAGUAGUGUCGACGACGACGACGCGAUGGAGAUUCAACGAUCGAAGCAGAUAAUUCGCAAUCACCGGAACAGCAUGCAGAGGGUCCACUCGAUUCCGAAUAAUUGGAUUAGCAGCAGCAGCAGCACUGAGUGUGAAUGAUAUGCACCAGCAAUCGUUAAAAUCCAUCGCCAGAAAACGCAGCAGAAGAAAACGAAAAAGCAGAACCUAGCCAUGCAAACGAGGAGGUCCUGCCGAAUGGACACCGCCACCACCACCAUGGACAUCAUGGCCGAAACCAGAAGUAGCCGAAGUUGUUUGAGGCGCCGGAGGAGGAAGUUCCGGGCAUCGGAGGCCAACUGUUCCAACUGGAGGAGCGUUUGGAGCAGUGUGGCGUUAUUGCUCAUGACGCUCCCGACGCUCAACUUUGCCAUAGCGCCCAAGUACGAGACGGCGUACGCAUGCGAGGGGAAGACGCUUAUGAUCGAGUGCGAAAAUGGCGAUAUGAUCAAUUUGAUUCGCGCCAAUUAUGGGCGGUUUUCUAUCACCAUCUGUAACGACCACGGAAACGUGGACUGGAGCGUCAACUGUAUGUCGCCGAAGAGUUUAAGGGUGCUGCACUCGAAAUGCGCUCAGAAGCAGAACUGUUCCGUGUUGGCGUCGACAAACAUGUUCGGGGAUCCGUGUCCUGGGACGCACAAGUAUCUGGAGGCUCACUACCAGUGCGUUUCGGCAGCUCAGUCGUCUACGACGACCAACAGGCCCAGUCCACCGUGGUUGAAGACCUCGCAGCCGAUAGUGUGGAGUACGUCGACAGUGCGGAAUCCGGUGUUGAGUAAGUUGAACUUUUCCGAUCCGCUGGCGGGUUUCGGGGUAACGUCUUCGGUGACGAGCAGCAGUAUCGGAACAACGGCAGUCGGGAAGGUGAAACCGACGACGCCUUACAAGCAGCAGACAUUGAUGGUGAACCAACAGUCGCCGCCGUCGUUUCGCAACAAGGGAUUCGACAACAAGAGCGUGAACGAUGAUUUGGCAAUUAUUAAGACAAUUAGUGGUGAUGGGGCGAAACGGGGGAAGGGUGAAAGUGCCCCGGAAGAUGAUGAAGACUUUGGUGAAGAUGAAGACUAUUUUCCGACGCAAACGGCAGUAUUAUCCAACGCUAAUAGAGAUAGGGAUAGCAGCGGAAGUGAUGGUAGCAAAAGCUACGACGAAAGCAAUGUUUCAUUAGGUGGAAACCAUCCUAGCAGUAAGAAGAAUGAUGAUAAUCACAGCGAUAGCAGCAGUAGUAGUAACAACUAUAAUAGUGGUAGUAAUAGUAAUAGCAUUAGUGGAAAUAGCAGCAGCAGCGGUGUUGUGAAUAAUGUGCUAGAUGUGAGUCACGCGUGUGGUCCAACGACAGCGCGGAAUCUGUUCUGGAAUGUGACUCGCGUCGGGGAGGCGAAUGUGCAGCCCUGUCCCGGUGGGGCCACCGGCAUUGCCAAAUGGCGAUGCGUAGCAAUAGGAUCGCUGACGCCCGAGCAGCGGAUGCACUUGCAGCAACAAUCAUUACUAGAUGAUAAUAACAAAAGUGAUAUUAGUUUUAAUAGUAACCUUAGCGGUAGGAAUGGUGGUGCGGCAGGAUCGAAUAAUGGUGGUGCGGUGGCCACGUGGUACUCAUAUCAGCCGGAUCUGACGCAGUGUCGAUCGCUGUGGCUCAACAAUCUGGAGAUCCGGGUCAACCAGCAGGACUCGUCGCUGAUUUCGAUUGCCAACGACCUGUCGCAGGUGACGAGCAGCAAAACGCUGUACGGAGGAGAUAUGCUAGUCGCAACGAAAAUCAUGCAAACCAUGUCGCAGAAGAUGCAUUUCGAUAUCGAAACCCUGCCCGACCAGCGACAGCGGGAAGCGUUGGUGUAUGAAUUGUUGAAUAGUGUAGUAAAAACUGGAAGCAAUCUGUUGGAUCAGUCCCAACAUGCCAGCUGGCUGGAUUUGAGUGUGGAGGAUCAGAUGCGAGUAGCGACGUCGUUGCUGACCGGGUUGGAGGAUAAUGCGUUCCUACUGGCUGAUACCAUCCUUCGGGAGCGGCACGUGGUACAGAAGGUGAAGAACAUCCUGCUCUCGAUACGAGUCUUGGAGACGCGUAACUUCGUCAAGAAUGAAGUUUUUCCGGAUUCGAGCCAAGAACGGUGGCAGGUUAGUAACGAUCAAAUUGAAUUGCCCAAAGCGGCACUGAUAGAGAACAGCGAAGGUGGCCUGGUGAGGAUAGUAUUUGUGGCAUUCGAUCGGCUGGAGCAAAUCCUAAGGCCACAAUCAUCCAACAUCCAGCAGCCACGUGUUGAUCAGAACAAAUUAGAACAGGACGAUUCAAGCUCGACUAAGAAUGAAGCGUCUGCAGCGCCUCGACAGCGAUUGCUCAACAGUAAAGUCAUUUCUGCUAGUCUGGGCAAAGGGCGCCACAUACAACUUUCGCAGCCAAUACGCAUGAUUCUGAAGCAUCUGAGAACGAAAAACGUUUCCAAUCCAACGUGUGUCUUUUGGAAUUACAUCGACCAUGCAUGGUCCGAGGAUGGAUGCUACGUGGAAUACACGAACGCCACUCACACCGUUUGCAUGUGCAACCAUUUGACUAACUUUGCUCUGCUAAUCGACGCCAUUGACGAGACGCAACUCUCGCUCCUAUCCAUCAUCGAUGACGAUAUCAAAAUCCUCAUCUACAUCAGCAUAGCCAUCUGUAUCGUGAUAGUCAUAAUCGCUCUGUUUGCGCUGAAGCUCUUCAACGGAGUGUUCUCCAAGGUUCGCCGACGGAAUCACCAGAUGGCCAAUAAUGCUGCAGCGGAUUUGCAUCUACCGAACCACCUGCAGCACCACGGUCUGAUCGGUGCUGGUGGUGAUUUGGAUGUCAGCAUCCACCCACAUCAGCAGUAUAACGCCUCGGCAGCGGCCGGUCUGAUGUCCGGACCGGAUGGUGGUCAUCUAAUGCGUCCCGGCAUUGGUCACAAUCAUCACAACAACAAUAACCUUGUUACGACUACGUUCAACAAUCUGGGCGCUGGGGUCGGUGGACCAGGCCUCGGAGGCUACGAAACGACUCCGCACCAUCGCCUGGCCGCGCAGGAGCGUAUCAAUAACAAUCAAAUCAGCAGCCGCAGCAAACUACUGUUACUACCUUACAAACCACAUCAUCAGCAUCUAUAAUCGCAACCGCCGGUGGUGGUCACCAUGGGCCAAUCGGCGGGGGCGGUGGUGCUAGCAUAGGUGGUGGCAGUAGUAGCAGCAGUGGUGCCGAGAUGGCCGUGUACAAUCUAACCGAAACGGGAACGGCCACGUCCACGUCGUCCAGUGCGGCGGCUAUCAGUGCCAGUAGCAUACCGCUGCUGCAUCACCACCAUCACCACCAUUUGCAUCAUCAUCUGCAUCAGCACCAGCAUCACCAUCUGGCUGGCGGUGGAGGUGGUGGUGGGGGUGGGGUCAUCGGAAUCGGUGACGUUGUCGGAGUUGCCGGUGGUAGAGGCAGCAUCAGUGGCGUUAGCAUCGGAAGUAGCGGUAAGCGGAAUCUGUAGCGAGAAACGUGUGCUAGGAUAACUACAUAUGCUAGGUGUUGUAUAUGAAAAAGGACGAAUUUUUAUUUCGACCCUGUUGGUUUAGUAAUUGUACA